AUGGCAUGGUAUACAAAUUAUCUAGCUGUUAUAAAGGAUAUAGGAUCGCCGCUUGGAAGGGAGAAUCAGGACUGUUUAUAUAGAAAAAUGUUUCGCGCCUAUGCAGAUCAGAGCAACGAAGACAGGGAAGAAGGAGAGUGCGAAGACGAUGACCGAUAUUCUUCGUUCGAUCAGGAAAAAAUAUUGGAAGCUCGCAACAGGCGCGAGAGUAUCGCGAGGGCGCAGCAUUUGGUCGAAAGAGAAAAGAAUAUGAAUGCACUGAGAUACAUCAACAGUGACUCGGAUGAUGAUGAAGUCCAGAUCAAACUUCCAACGCCAACGCACUUCGUACCAAUCAGCACUCCGAGAGUUGAUCUCCCUGCCGAAAAGAAGAAGAAGAAAAAGAAAUCAAAGAAGUCCAAGCACCAUAGACACAAGGAGCGAAAGAGGCAGAGAAGGCGCUCUUCUACGUCUUCUAGCUCGACUGAUGACAGUGAUGCGUCAUCCAGUUCAUCCGAUGACGAAAGAAGAAGGAGGAGGAAAGCUCCACCUGUUGUAGUUAUAAAGCGAGAAAAAUGGGGCUACCUUGCAUAUAAGGAAGAGCGUUCGCCCGAAGGCUCUUACAUUGUGUAUGACAAGCAAUACGAUCACGAGAACUUCAGUAUGGAUGUCAUACCUAAAGGCCAGACAGUGGAUUAUCGGGCUCAUUACUACACAGUCAUCAAUGGGAACUCUCGUUUAGAUGAGCUUUUCUUCGCAAAAGAACUGCGGGAUGUCAAGGACAAGCGGAAACGGGCAGAAAGAUAUUUUGAUGGAACUUUGCGGAAGCUGGAUGAUUCCAACGUGGAAAGAAAGUUUCGGAAGUUGCAGUCCAUGUACGAGACCAACAUGGACUACGUGGCUUUGUCUAAAACAAAACUGCAAGAAUUCGAGUUUCUCCACCAAAUAGCUGAGCGUAAUGCCAUGGAAAAGGAGCGGGAGGCUUUGGAGAUUGAAGUGGCUUCAUCGACACCCGCUCAUGCUGUUCAUCUUGAAACACAGAGGCGCUUAAUUGCGACGGAGUUUGCCAACAAUAAAAGGGAUCCCGACGUUUUGGAGAGAUUCCUCAAGAUCAAUGAAGAGCUGUUCGAGGCCAGUCGUGUUACGGGCUCAGCUUCCGAUCGACGAGGUCUUGCUGAACGCCAAAUCUCCAUAAUCGACCAGGCCAUUGCUGCUAAUCAGCGUGCCGUGGAGUUUCGGUUGAAAAGGCUUGAAUAUCUGAAGGAGCUACGUCCCAAGGAAGAAUUGCUUGUUGAAUGGGAAAAGAUCUUGAAUGGUUUUGUCAAUAAUUGCUCGGUAUGGGAGAAGUACUUGGACUACAUACAGUACGAUUCCGCAAAUUACAGCAGACAAGUGAUGGAAAGAGCCUUUGAUCGUUGCUUUCGAAAACUAAAUGCUAUUCUCAGUGGAACUUUCAAAUCUCACAAGCCAGAGCCAAAUACCGCAGAUUUUCUCGUGCAUAUGUAUGUACGUCGAUUAUCGUGGUGGAUGGAAUGCGGUCAAACAAAUCGAGCCAUUGCCAGCAUACAGGCCACUUUCGAAUACAACUUCCAAGUUCCGGAGUCUUUGCGCCACGCUCCAGAGGAUAAGAAAGAAGAGGCAUUUGCAGUUUUUUGGAACAGCGGUGUUCCUCGUUUUGGUGAUGAAGAAGCUAAAGGUUGGUUUAGCUUCCAUGAAAAUCGCGAUGCGCAAGAAAUGGACAGGUUGGAAGUGGUUGCGCGUGCUUUGCAAGAGCAAAAAACUCAAGAACUCGAGCAGAGAAUAGCAGCAUCUGAGGACGAUCUGAUUGUCAGCUGGGUAGAGAUGGAACGCGAACUGGAAUGCAUUGAAAGUCGUCCUAGAAGAGCUCUUUCUGGUUCACUCGCAGGUAUAGAUUCGAUUCACGCAAUGAAGGAGGUUGCAUAUGGAGAUCUUAGGAUUCUCAAGAGCAAUAACGCUAUUUUUGUGCUUUCCCUUCUCCACGUUCUUGGGGCACGUUGUGGCACGGAAUGGUGGAGCACCGCAGACAAGCCACUUCCUCGGUUGCCUACUUUUCGGCUGCUGGAAGAAUGGAAUCUGUUGCCUUCUGUUAGGAAGCUAUAUCCUAUCCCCUCACCUGGAGCUCAGGAAAUGGUUCUAAAUAUGUUACGUGCCGCCAUUCACCUCCAUCCAGAUCUGAAAUACAUCGUAUAUCUGUUGGAAACUAAGGCGUCCCAACUUGAAUACCUUUACCACGAUCGCCCAACUGGUGUAUGUGUUGCUCACAUGCGUGAUUUUGUCAGAAGUAUUGCCAAGGAUUAUCAGAGUGUUGUUGAUAUCAAAGAUUUCGAUCUGAUCAUUGCUGCAUACGCUCUGAAGAUGUUUGAACGCUGGGCUCGUGAUGAGAAAGCCAACUCAGCAUCAACUGAAGGCGGUGAGAUCGCGAAAGACAAGAAAAAAAGGAAGGAAAAGAAUUUCCUCCGAUCUCACUAUGUUGAACAGCUUUCUGCUUUCCUUUCAAACUCGAAUGAUGUCCCAUUCGUGCAGCAAAGUCCGCGGAAGCUAGUUGUUUCACUUAGGAUGUUACUUUGUUUAGUUCAGAAUCUUCCUCAUCACAGGGUUUUGGCUGAAAUAACACGAUUUUUCUUAAGGAAAAGUAAGGACGAAGAGGUGUCACCAACUGAGGCUUUGUCUGCCCUUGAUGAGUGGAACAAUAUCUUUCGGACAGUGGAAAGAUUCGAUAAACCUGAAAAAGUGUCAUGUUUUGGAUCAGUGCGCGCUCUGUGCAUUGCGCUACGAAUGCAUUUUGAGUAUGCGAGAGCUUCGAAAACGUCAGAUCACUGGCUGAAGGAAUGCGAUGCAUUAUACAAACUGGGUUUGAGCGCAGCGAAUGAUGAUAGAGCCAUGAUUGUAGGAGCUUUUCUUGAUGUACUUGAAUACCAUUGGAAAAACUACCAUACACAUAAGGAAAAGUUGUUGUCGGUGUUUGAAGAAGGUCAAAAACUUAUUCCUUACGAUGGAUCGCUCAUUCGAAGGCGCAUCAAUCUUACGACAAGCUUGAUGGAAAAAUUCAGAAUCGAACACAUGUUUUCUAGUUCACCGUCUAGGAAAGAUCCCACACUUGACAUGUACUCGUCUUUGGCUCGUCUUUAUCUGCAAAAGAACAGGAUCACAAAAUUGUUUGAAGCUGGUGCACUGCCGAAUUCUGAUGUUUUUGCGCUUAUCACGCGUGCAGAAGCAUCUGCAAGACGGGAUCCUGCUCUUUGGCGUUUAGCGAUGGCUCAGGCGAGAAGCUCGCGAUUUUUGAGCGAGACCCAUGUCCUGGCCUCGGCUCAGUGCGGCUGGUCACGCAAUCUACACAUUGAUUGCAUUGCUCUUUGUGAUAAUACGAAGAAAUGCAAGGAAAUCAUGAGCCUUAUGGAGGAACGCGGAGUUCAUGUAUUCAACGAAUUAGAUUAUGUCGAGGAACUGAAAAAAAUCAAGUUAUACUGUUCGUUAUCAGCAUUACUUGAGCCUUUGCUUGAAUUAGAGAUGUCGUCCGGCUUUGACACAGCACUGAACAUCGGUGGUACCACGCAAGAAUCGCAAGGCUUUAGCUUGCAUAUGUUCAGCAAGCCAACGAUAGUCUUGGCCCACGUUGCUUUCAAAGGGGCAGCGUUGGCUUACUACUUCCUCGCCAACUGGCUGUCAUCUUCCUUUAUUGUUCAAUUUCUCGUAAUUCUGACUCUUCUUUCUAUGGACUUCUGGACGGUUAAGAAUAUCACUGGGAGAUUGCUUGUCGGUUUGCGAUGGUGGAAUUUUGUUGACGAAAAUGGCAACAACCACUGGAAGUUCGAAAGUGCUAAGGACACUUCUCGUUUUCCCGUUCUUGAUCGGCGUGCUUUUUGGAUUGGUCUUGUACUAGGCCCUCUUAUGUGGCUGUUCUUCGUCACCAUGGCAUUCUUCACAUUCAAGUGGGAGUGGAUGAUCAUUGCUCUUUUGGGCUUGGCUAUGAAUUCGGCUAAUCUUUACGGUUACUUGCGGUGUCGAUGGUCGGACACAACACAGUUUACAAAUUACAUAUCCAAGUGGGCUUUCCUAUCGGUGCUUCGUCGACAAAAUCCGUCAGGUGCCGAUACUAUGCAACAGACCAUAUAAUUUGGAGGAAACUCGAUCUUACUAUAACAUAAUCAUAUGCAUGUGUAUCAACAUGAAUUAUCAAUAUCACCUCCAGGGUUUCAGAUUGGUUUUGCUUUAAAGACUAAUAUUUUUUGUCGUAAAAUUAAAGACUAAUAUCUUUUGUCGUAAAAUGUCUUAGAAAUUUGGGACAAUAAACGGUUUCGUUUUGACGGG